UAGUUGACAAACAAAAAAGUUUCGAGGGACGAAACACUAAGGACAUAUUUUCCCAUAGACCGUCGUCUCCUCCCGAUCUGCUUCGUUUAGGGUUACGCCUUUGCGCUUCUUCAAUCGCUCUAUCGAUCUCGCUCCCAUGGCGUUGGAGUGGGUGGUGCUGGGCUAUGCGGCUGGCGCAGAGGCGAUCAUGCUUCUCUUCCUCACGCUCCCGUUCCUUGACAGCAUCCGCCGAGGGCUCAUCGCUGUCGUCCACAGCGCCCUGAAGCCGCUCCUGUCGGUAGUUCCCUUCUGUCUAUUCCUUCUUGCCGACAUCUAUUGGAAGUACGAGACGCGACCGACCUGCGAGCAGGAGAACUCGUGCACCCCUACCGAGCACAUCCGCCACCAAAAAUCCAUGAUCAAGAGCCAACGCAACGCUCUUCUCAUCGCAUCGGCGCUGCUUCUCUACUGGUUGCUUUUCUCCGUCACCGGUCUUUUAGUGCGCAUCAACCAGCUGAACCAGCGCCUCGAAAAGCUCAAGCGCUCUGAUUGAGCCUGGGAUCUUACAAAUCCAACAUGAUUGCUUUCAUCUCUUCUUCAGUUCCUCUCUUCUACUCGCAUCAAGAUUAUGAUAGCUACAAAACCACGUGGUUCAGCAUCA